AUGCUGGCACUUGCGUGCCUGCACACAGAAGGCAAUGCACCCCCCAACGUCCCCUACGCCUGCGUGCCAGAAGCCAACGCCAGCGUCUUUGCCUCCAACUCACUGCAGCGGAAGAAAAAGGGACUGCUGCGGCCGGCGCACCAACGGGCCAAGCCACACCUGUUGAUCGGCAUGCCUCAGGACUUCCGCCAGAUCUCCUCCAUUAUCGACGUGGACAUCUUGCCCGAGACCCACCGGCGUGUGCGGCUCCAUAAACAUGGAUCCAACAAGCCCCUGGGCUUCUAUAUCCGGGAUGGGGUCAGUGUGCGAGUGGCGCACCACGGGGUGGAGAAAGUGCCCGGGAUCUUCAUCUCCCGCUUGGUCAAGGGCGGCUUGGCAGAGAGCACCGGACUUCUGGCUGUCAACGACGAGAUCCUCGAAGUCAACGGCAUUGACGUGGCGGGCAAGUCGCUGGACCAGGUCACUGACAUGAUGGUGGCCAACAGCCACAACCUCAUCAUCACCGUCAAGCCGGCCAAUCAGCGUAACAACGUGAUCCGCAGCAGCAAGGCUUCGGGGAGUUCCGGCAUGUCCACGGACAGCACGCCCAGCCAGCAGACGCCUAGCCCGGCUUCCCAGUACCUGAGCAACUGUAGCACCGCCGAAGGGGAAAGUGACGAAGAAGGAGACCUGGUCAUCGAGAGCGACUUGCCUGCCAGCUGCCCCAAUGGGGGUCUCCUCGACAGCCUCCAGCACAGCCUCUCGCUCUAUAGCUCCCAAGGCUCCCUGCCUUCCCUGAACAGUCACAGCGGCAGUGGGAGCCCCAUGCGGGGUAGCAGAGCAGGAAGCCUCCAGGAGGAUGGCACCAUCAUCACCCUAUAGCCUUUGGGCGGCAAGGUCUCUCCUUCCCGGUUCUACUUGAAAAACAUGGUUUCUGGGGUCAGCGUGGAAGAGCCACGCCCUCCUUGACCAUCGGAGGUCAAGUCUAGAGAUUGGAACCAAGGCUCGCCUUCGCUGAGCCGGACAUGCACACACCCCCUUCAUGCUCCGAUGGUGCUUCUUGCAACCAGGUUGACUGGGGCAGUUGGAAGGACCAACUUGCCUUCUCCCAACCCUUGGCUGCCCCAGAGGCUCUCUCUCCUUUCCAUGUCCAGGGGGCUAAAGGGACGGGCCUCCUAUUACUUUCUUUGGCCUCUUACCUGUCUUCCAGGUAGGGGAGGGCUGGCCUCAUUCAUCCCCCAAGCUCUGCCUCCACCAACUUCUCAUGAGGUGUUUGAUUUUAGGUGUUUUUACGAUGACAUAUGUGUGUCACAGUUAAUAUAUUGCAACAGACUAUUA